AAGUGGACGAAAAACAACAUUAGAGACUGCAGCGGCAGAGAAGGCUACGAAGACGACUGCGGCUGCAAAAUGGCAAUCAACACAGCAACAGUAAUGCGCAGAGUCGUUGCGUUGAUCGUAGCAGUUUGCGUCGACCUCUCCUUGUUUUACGCAACGGGACUAGUGGCGACUCGCAGCGACUUUGGACAUUUAGCGCGUCUCUGGGUCCUCGCGGCUCUCCGGUUGUUGGCGCUGAACGCUGUGACCCUGCUCACCCUCGGACACCUCAAACCGUGGCUUAUUCGUGUUAUCGUGUCUCACGGUCUGCUGCCCGCGCUGUUUGAGACCGGGACCAAAGUGUUCUACCACGAGGAGACCGAAUGUGGCUCGUCUGCGGAUGUGCGCUGCUGGCUCAUGGGAGCCGGAGCGUCGCUGGCCGGUGCGCUGUUUUGGGAAAUCACCGUCCCGGACGCCGACGAUGCGGCCGCCGGGAAAGAGAAGAAACAGAGAGCCAGAGUGCUGUUUGUGAGAGUCCUGCGUUUGUACAAACCCGAAUACCUGCUGCUGCUUGGGGGGCUUGUGAUGCUGACGCUGGCUGUUAUGUGUGAGAUGUUCAUCCCGUUCUACACUGGGAGAGUCAUUGACAUCCUUGGCACUCAGUAUCAGCCGAAGGAAUUUGUAUCUGCGCUCCUCUUCAUGGGCCUGUACUCUCUGGGAAGCUCUGUGAGUGCAGGCUGCAGAGGGGGUAUCUUACUUUGUGCCAUCAGUGCCUUCACAUGCAGAAUGAAAGUCAAGCUGUUUGGGGCUUUGACCAAACAGGAAAUUGGAUUCUUUGAGACCACAAAGACAGGUGAAAUCACAUCCAGGUUGUCUAGAGACACCACCUUGAUGGGAAGAGCAGUCUGUCUGAAUGUCAAUGUGCUGCUGAGGACGUUCAUCAAGACACUGGGCAUGAUCUCCCUGAUGAUGAAUCUUUCAUGGAAGCUCACAUUCCUCGUAUUGAUGGAGACGCCCAUCACUGGCCUCAUUCAGAACGUCUAUGACACACACUACCAGCGGCUGUCCCUGGCAGUGCAGGACUCGAUGGCUCUGUCUAAUGAAGUGGUGAACGAGGUAGUGUCCAGCAUUCAUGUGGUAAGGAGCUUUAACACAGAGAAGCAUGAAGCCCGUCGUUAUGACGACCGCUUGAUGGACACACACAUACUCAAGACCCACCAGAACACCAUCAGAGCUGUUUAUCUUCUGGCACGGAGGAUAACAGGGUUGGGCAUGCAGGUGAUCAUGUUGUACUACGGCAGGCUGUUCAUCCAGAGUGGACAGAUGACCACUGGCAACCUGCUUUCCUUCAUCCUCUACCAGUCAGAUCUAGGAGACAACAUCAGGACACUCACCUACAUCUUUGGCGACAUGCUGAACUCUGUGGGGGCAGCUGGGAAAGUGUUUGAGUACAUGGACCGAAAACCUCAGGUCAGCAUGGAGGGGAAACUCAAACCUGAUCAGAUGAAGGGGCACGUCAUCUUCCGCAAUCUCAACUUUGCCUAUCCUACACAACCCGACAAAACAGUGCUGCAGGACUUUUCUUUGGAGCUGAAGUCAGGUCAGAUGACGGCACUGGUGGGUCCAUCUGGAAAAGGAAAAAGCACCUGUGUGAGUCUGCUGGAGCGCUUCUAUGAGCAGCAGGAUGGAGAAAUCCUGUUGGACAAUGAACCACUGGAGUCCUAUGACCACCGUUUCCUCCACAAGAAGAUUGCUGUGGUGAGCCAGGAGCCUGUGCUCUUCUCUGGCUCCAUCAGAGACAACAUCACCUACGGGCUUGCUGAAUGCUCCUUGGAUGAGAUCCAGGAAGCAGCACGCAAAGCCAACGCCCAUGACUUCAUCCUGCAGCUGGAGAAGGGCUACGAUACAGAGGUGGGUGAACGUGGCGACCAUCUGUCCAAGAGCGAGAGGCAGCGGAUAGCCAUUGCUCGAGCUCUGGUCAGGCAGCCACAGGUCCUCAUUCUGGAUGAAAUAACCAGCUCUCUGGAUAUGGAGAGUGAAAAAAAGAUUCAGCAGGCCCUGGCGAGUUGUCCCAACCAGACCCUGCUGGUGAUCGCUCACAGCCUGAAGACCAUUGAGCGGGCAGAUCAGAUUGUUGUGAUCGGUGACGGCAGAGUUCAGGAGCAAGGGACUCACCAGGACCUGAUGGACGGGAAGGGGAGCUACUACAAACUGAGGGAGAAGCUUUUUGCUGAGGGAAGCUCACCACAGUGACAAACCGCUGACACUGAGCCGAUGCUGGAGAUCCUUGUGAUCUCUGAGACAAAUGUUCUGUGGGGUUGUGAUGCACGUUGGACCAACAGCUAACCUGAUGAAAGUGUUCUUCUUUUGUAAGUCAUACUGUUGAUAGAACAACUGAAGACAAUGGCCACACAUAUACUGAACGUAUACACACAUACCUGAUAAAAUGUUUAUGUAAAUUUUGUUGUAUAAAUAAAGAAAAUGAAAGAGAGCAUGGACAUAUAUUUUUCAAAAAUGUUAAAACAUGUGGAACCUUCUCAAUUCUUGUCGUAUACUUUUGUUGUUAUUUAUGUUGUUGAAAUUACAUUCGAUUUUGUAAAUUAGUCCCAAAAAAAAGAUGAGGGAUUUCUGAUGGAUACAUGUCUGCUUUAGUUUUCUAUUUCAUGCCCUUGUAUUGGGUCCAGAUGAAUACAAUUUGAAAUGACAGCACAUAGUUGACUCCAUGAACUUUUAUGAUCAGAGUGGCCAAAGGUUGCCUCAUGUGUAUGUCCCAAAUAAAAGAUGUCUAAAACAGAAUGUUUCUGUUUGAAUUAUA